AGACUGUCAUAUCACAAGGUUACGUCCACAAAUGAGAUCAGAGAGCGGCGUCGAGAAGCCUUUGCAAUACACGUACUUCAAAAUUUAUAAACAUAUUUUGUGUUCGCCAAGCUAAGCUGAUCGGCGAGCCUUCGUACGUCAACGCUUGUGCUUCAAGCGGGCUGUGUUUGCUUUUCAAGAUCUACAAGCGUCAAACUGUUUCAUCUUAUACGCAGUGCAAGUUUUUCUCCAAGAAAAUCAAGGAUAAAAAGAGCAGUUGAGAGUGAAAGGAACUACACGAACUAGCCAGACGAAUCUUGUGUACCAAGACUCGAUUCUGUAGGAAUAGCGUAGAUCCAUCCGUAAAGGACACAAGGCCGAAUCUACAUCAUUGGAUUCUUAGUCAUGGGGAUUUGCACCGUCUGUGUGUUGUGUCAUUAACGUUAAUGCCACCACGGAAUGUACACUUUGUCGUGAAGCACGCCACAAAAUGUUUUUGAAGGAAAUUUAUAAACAAGUUGGAUUCAAAUACUAGAAGAUAAACUCGGGUUACUUCAUUUAAAAAUUAGCCGAGACGCUUGAGAUAUAACAGAAACGAAGACAGAACACAGAAGAUGGAAGGUUGAACGAGAAAAAGUAUGACAGCUUUGAGAUAGAUACAAGUGUAAAAGUGGUGAAGCCGCACACAUAUAUGGUAAAUUAACGAGGUACUGAGGUAGUCAAGGUGAGAAGCUCAAGUGCAAACACGUCUCAUCCGAUAUUUCUGUUUGAAGAAAGGCAGAGUGAAGCUACGGGCAAUUAAAACCCAAUAUAAAGAAAGAACUAACGGUAAAACAUCUUACGUAAAGCCCUAAAAAGAAAUUUGCCAUCGAAACUUUACGUUGUUGUGUGAAAUUGGAACACAGAAGCUAAAGUUCAAAACCGAAUCAAGUUCUUUGAAACUUGAAUAACUAGCUAAAACUUAGCGUUUAAAGUGUGAAACCCAAGAAAGAUGGCUAGUACAUUGAACAUGAGUAAUACUACUAACACAACUACACCAAAAGAUGGGAAUCUAAUGCUAGAGAGCAUACGGGUCUAUUUUUUCUUGAUCUACUAUGUAAUCCUCCUUGUAAUGACUGUUGGAGGAAACACACUUGUUUGUCUAGCCAUAUAUUUAGAUAGAAGACUACGAAGUUCGACCAACUGGUUUGUGGCGAGUUUGGCUGUUGCAGAUCUAUUGUAUGGCCUAGUAGGCCUGCCGUUUCGUAUCGCCCAAACGUCUGGCACAGUUUUUGAACUCCAUCAAUGCUACACAUGGAUAUGGGCUGAUAUGUUCUGUGCUGCAGCAUCUAUCGCAAACCUGGCGUUGAUAAGCGUUGACCGCUACCUCAAGAUAACCAAGCCCUUCCAAUAUCAUGUGUAUUUGACUCAAACAAGAGUGUUUAUUGCAGUGGGUGCGGUAUGGAUCUACUCUGCUGUGCUUGCGUCGCUAUCCUUGAUUCGAUGGCCCGGUGCACUGGGAGUCUUACUCGACCGAAACGCCUGCUUGAACAUUAACCAAGUAUUUUACACAGUGGCAAACAUUGUCGCGUUUAUUCUGCCACUUGCCAUUCUGGUCAUUAAUUACGUCAAAGUGUUCGUCGAGGCUUUAAAGCAGUUCAACAAAAUGAAGGAAUUGACUGUCAUCAAAUGCAAGGAAGAAAAGCGGAAGCACAACAGCAUCAUGAAAGAUUUUAAAGCUACAAAAACUUUAGCAGUCGUCAUAGGUACCUUCACUAUUUGCUGGUGUCCAUUCUUCUUCCUAUUCACGAUUCUUCAAUACAACCCAAUGUUCCUCAUCAGCCUACCCUACCCUUGGAACUACAUAGUAAUCUCAGUGUUCUUUUCAAUCCUACCAAACCUCAACAGCGCCUGUAAUCCAUUCAUCUAUGCAUACUUUAACAAGGACUUUAGAAGAGCUUUCAGAAAGAUUGUGACGCGCUCCAUGAGCGAACCAAUGACGACUCAGCACGAACAUUCAGGGGAUUCGCCAGCACCUACUGGUCGACGUCGAAGCUCUGUGCUUAACUAUUUUCUACUGCCCAAACACCCUCGACAGAGCCGACAUAGCAGCCAAGGAAACUCGUUGUUCCCUCAGAAUAAUAAUUCUAGCGAUGUAUAGCAAGAAUGUUGAUUGCUAUUCUAAUUUAAGAAAAGACAUGUACAUCAUCUAUCAGAUGCGCAAACUUGUUGCGGCUGUCGUCGAUCAAACAAAUACUUUUUCUACAGAACUGCAAACUAAAAACAUAAAAAUUCCAAAAAACUACAUCAGCCCCUGUUUCAAUUAGCUGCUCUCGUUCUCGAAUGAGUGCCGGCGUCUGAAACAGUCAUACGCGCGAAAAUGUUGUAUUUGGACAGUUUCAGGAAUUGUGGAGUAGAAAUCGACGUUUCUUUCAGCUAAAAUAUUUAGAAGGAUAUGUAAGGGGAGUUUGUGCGUUAAGUACUGCGCUCCACUAUGACAACUCCUUCAACUGGUCUUUUUGACCAGCGACGUAGAUUGCAAGAAAGCCUCGGCGACUAAACUAUCAGGAACAUGUUCUCUACUGAAUUAGUUAAUAGUUAUGUAAGAGCUACAAAUACAAAAUUAGGUUGUUCCUAGCUUGAACUCGGAAAUAAUUAAAUUGAAUGACCAGAGUUCUCGCGUUCAAAGCACUUACAAGAAGAUAGAAAGGGAAAAGACAUGGCCGCCAUGUUGGAUAAACUAAUCCAAGAUGGCGUCUAUGACGUCACGUAAAUGGGACAAAUCAUCUUUAUAUUGGCAAAAAAGCAGAGGAAAAAGUACAAAAGAAGAAACUUAGUAUUUAAAACUACUGUACCAUUCUCAGUCACCGGAAAAAUUACUAUUGCCUUGGAUAGAAACUGUCCUCCGACCGGGAAUGCGCUUUAGACACGGGCGGCAUGGGUCAUUCAGUCUAUUUGCAGCUCUUAACCUAAAAAAAUAGAGGUUUUGCACCAACACGUACUGUGGUCAGAUGGCAGAUAAUAGAAUAAUAGAAUGCAUUUGAUCUCGUGAAUUGAAUUCUUCGUCAUGUGAAACGAUUGUAUUGUCACGUGAUGAUGAAAAACCUUUAUAGGUGAUGUGCAUCAUUUUCAUCAGAAUUUAAGGACCUACUCGCCAUUUUGUUUGAAAUAACAAAAGAAACCAAGAAUGAAGCUUUUGUUCAAGUUCAUCAGAAUGGCGGCUUUGACGUACUUGGUUGAAGUCUUAAAAUCACAUGUGGAUUUUAACAUACGUGUGCAUAUAUCUUUGGAUUAUUGAAUAUCAAAAACAUUAAAUUAUUCAAUAUUUAGCGUCCAUCUUAACGUAAAACCACGUUAAACGGGUAUAUAGUUUAGUUUCAGUUAUAGAGCGGUUUUACUCAUCCAGAAAAUAGUAAUUUAAUACUAAUAAUUUUUGUUUUGAUUACACUAUAUGUUAUGAAUAAUUAACGAUUUUUAGGAAGAUCUUUUUUUAAGAUUAGAGAACUAUUUGCACGCGUUUUGACCAAAUGAGUACGUAACUACUUGGAUUUUAAAGAAAGAAUAAGCUGGUGUUACGAUAGAAGGGUGGGGUGGAGUAGGACAACUAGAUGAACUUACCUCCCCUUUGAGAAAGAUAACAUAGAGAGCCCGAUAUUGAAAGCUGAGAGUGAUUUUUCUCAGAACGUGAAACUGCUUCGUGUAGCAAACUAAGGGUUCGAGUCACUUUG